AGCUGUCAUUCCAAACGAACAGCUGUCGCCACUCUGAUUAUAGUCACUCUAGUUUUGGGUAUGAUCACAGAUUUUUGAAAAAAAUGACCUGGCAUCUCGGUUUCAAAGUCAAGUACUUGCUUAUGCCAAUUUCAACCAAUCAUGAGCUGGUCCCAAACUGGCUCUGAACGCGGAUACAUAGUUGUCUUGUUUUGUUUUAUGUGAAAACCAAAUCUCAAUUUAUUGCCAUACGAUGGAGGUAAACCCGCUCAGCAUUAUCAUGGUGAAAUCAGACAGUAAAGGUGAUCGAUUACUGUUCCGCUACCCGUACAAUGUUCCACAGCAAUUUCAGACAAGUAUAAUUCCUUCCCGGAAGACACCUUACUCGAUUUUGCAAAACGGAGACGACAUUCUGCAAAAUGCACCACCAACUGUUUCACAUAUCUGUUUCGAUCAGCUAUAUGGAAUAUCCGAUGACGUGUUAGCUACGUUGUUUGCGGUAAAAUCGGAACUAUGCAACCAGAAAUUUGAAUUGAAAGUGAACGAUGUACGCUUCGUGUCGCAUCCGACAUUGGUAAAGGUGACGGAAAGUGACGAUCAGAAAAAUUCUGCCUUCUUUCGCAUCAAUAUAGUGUUUGCUCUUCAUGCCCAAGCAAGUUAUUCGAUUGUAAAGUGUUACUAUGAAUUAAGUAAACGAGUUGGAGUCGCGUUGCUCUACGAAGAACGUCGAGUUGGAUAUCUUUCAAACGAGAUGAAAAUGAUGGUAGCGUGUAUAGAUGAGGUAGCAGCAGCUGCUCAGGAACAUGACGCCGCAGUUAGCGGUAGUGUAAAUGUAUUCGAUACAAUUCUAAGGGAUAGUAGUUUGGCUCAAUUCAUCAAGACAAUAUACCAGGAUCUAUGCACAACAGGAUUGUUGAAUGUAACGAUGAACCAAUCUGUCACGUUAAGUUUUUGCCUUCCUCAGAAGGCACAUCAGUUUCACAAAAAAGGUGUCAUUGUUGAACCAGAGGCUAUUGAUAAAUGCUUACAUGCACUUAAGCCCUAUCACGGAAUGCUUCUACUAGUAGAUCCAUCAGAACUACUGGAUUGUGUACCGCCUUCCGGAGCGCGAAUGCUUCUUCAGCUUAUCGAGGCUUACAAUCCUUUGAAAAGCCUUCAGAAUAUGGCUUCAGACGCCGAUCUGCUUAUUGAUCAUGUUUAUCAGUUGGUUGGUCAUCUGGUGUACUGGGCAAAAGCUACAAUAAUUUAUCCACUGUGCGAAACCAAUGUGUAUGUAAUCGCUCCGGAUGCCCAGUUAAACAUACAUUCGAAUUUGUCGGACAAAUUUUCAACAAAAUUUCCCGGCAUGUCGCUUUUUGAAGUAAUCAGCGACUUCUCGCUGCCAACAUCGAUAGGACAUUUAACGACACCGCUACAGCACCCCGCUAGACAAGGACGAUUAGCUCAGAUGGUGUUGUGGAUGCUGCAACAUCAUUUACUUAUGCAAUUACACACCUACGUUCAGUUUAUUACCUCGUACGACGAAGAAAAUAUCACUUUUGCAUCAGAAGAUGAUCAUUUAAGAGAAACAAAGGACAAGAACACAGAACAAGAACAGCACAAACAAUCGACGACUGAUAAUAACAACGCGUUUUGCAGUUCUAUCGCAAACGUUUCUAGUCAGCCCCUUGCCGUACCUAUAAAUCGGAAACACUCACUAUCGGAUGAUUUGUACCCAGAUAGUUUUACAAUGAUUUCAACAACAUCAAAUACCCGUCCCUCAUCUGCUAGUCAUAGGUCCAACCUCAGUCACUCUAGUAUCGGACAAACCGCCUCCAGCACUGACAAUGACGAGAGUAUAGCUUCAAUGGAGGACGAAGAUAAAAUCAAACGAUUACUCUCUGUGUUUGAGGAGUGCGAUCGGAAGGCAGUUUUAAAAAUUCCUGCUGCAUCUAACCCGGAAGAUGUGGCUUUAAUGGUUCGUUUAUGGCAGGCCGGAUACUUCAAGGGAGAACACCACCUCGAAGAGAUAAUGUAUUUCGAAAAUCUUAGACGUUCACAGCUGCUCCAGUUAGUGGAUAAAUUUCGCGGUGUACUCAUUAUUUAUGAGACGGAAGAUCCAGCCAUCGCCAGCUUGUAUACGGUGCCAAAUCAAUAGUUUUUUUUAAUGCAUGACGAGCAAACGAAUGUAAGUAUAACAAUAAAACUUUAUUGAUUAUGUUAA